UUUUCAGGCCCAGCCCAAUAAUCAAUCACACAACAAAGGAAUCCCAUUCAUCGCUCUCUCCUCUCUGCUCCAUCUUCAUCUAAUCAUCUCUCUCCGUCGACGGCGUUGCUCUGUUCCCGACCACCACUCACCACCGUCACUGUUCAGUUUCAGACCUUCGAUUUGAUUGGGCCGAUCCUAGGGAGGAUGACGGCCUCACUUACAGAGCUUGAUGACGACAUUGUCCGCACCAUGUCCAUAGGAGCCGUUUUCUCCGACUACGUUGGGAAGAUAUAUUCGAUUGAUUUCCAUCGUAAGGAUGAUUUAUUGGUCACAGCUGGUGAGGAUGACUCAGUGCGACUCUAUGACAUUGUUAAUGCUAAGCUGUUGAAGACCACUUAUCAUAAGAAACAUGGUACUGAUCAAAUAUGCUUUACUCAUCACCCUAGUUCUGUCAUAUGCUCUUCAAGGUACAAUUUGGAGUCUACCGGAGAAUCGUUGCGAUAUUUAUCAAUGUAUGAUAACCGCUGCCUACGAUACUUCAAAGGGCAUAAACAGAGAGUUGUUUCUCUCUGCAUGUCUCCUAUCAAUGAUAGCUUCAUGUCUGGUUCUGUCGACCACAGUGUAAGGUUAUGGGAUCUACGUGUAAAUGCAUGCCAGGGAAUCUUACAUGUACGCGGUAGACCUACUGUUGCUUAUGACCAACAAGGUCUGGUCUUCGCCGUUGCAAUGGAAGGCGGGGCUAUUAAGUUGUUUGAUUCACGUUCGUAUGACAAGGGUCCCUUCGACACUUUUCUUGUUGGUGGUGAUACUGCCGAGGUUUGUGAUAUUAAAUUCAGCAAUGAUGGCAAAUCAAUGCUUCUGUCUACAACUAAUAACAACAUAUAUGUUCUUGAUGCAUAUGGAGGAGAUAAACGCUGCGGAUUUAGUUUGGAACCAUCUCAUGGUACCUCGAUAGAGGCUACAUUUACCCCAGAUGGGAAGUAUGUCGUAGCAGGCUCUGGAGGCGGGACCAUGCACGCUUGGAGUAUUGACAGGAAUCACGAAGUAGCAUGUUGGAGCAGCCAUAUUGGUGUGCCUUCGUGCUUGAAAUGGGCUCCUCGUCGAGCCAUGUUUGCUGCAGCCUCGACUGUUCUCACAUUUUGGAUACCAAACAACGAACCGAAUCUGAAAGCUGAAGAAUAUAGUGGCACGGACACCGAAGCAGGACUUCAGCCCCAAAGCCAGUGAACCAACCCAAUAUGCAUGCUAUUCCUCUGAAGCCGUGCUACAGUUUCUCUCUUUUGGUGUAUCGAGAAAUCAACCAAGGCCUUUUGAAUUUCUCAAGAUUCCAAGCUAUUUUGCUUUUGAGGAUGCAAAUUAGAUGUUGUAAAUUCCAUAAAUUUUGAUUGUAUUGAGCGCUCUUUCAUUAUCAGGACAAAUUUAUGGAUUAAAUUAGAAGUUGUAAGUGUUUACUCCAGUUGCUAAUUUUAUUUAAUUAAUGAAUCAGGGGAGUUGAACUUGAAAAACUCAAUGGGCUUAGAA